UACCUUGUAACUAUAUAUUUUAAUUUAUUUAUUUUAGAGCGAGAGCGCGCAAUGCUGUUUCCAGAUUACUACUUCUUUGCUGAAAGACGUUUGGUUAACCACACUAUCGAAACAAGAAAAGUCAAGAACUUAGAUGACUGUGAGCUUUUUUGCUACCUGAACGACAACUGUGUCAGUCUUAACUUCAAAAAAGAUCCAGGGAUUAAUCCAAAGAAUAAUAACUCAGGUCACAUCUGUGAACUAAACAACGCCACACAUCUGAAAUAUGACAACGAAUUGACAAAUGACGCGUCUUUUUACUAUCGUGGCUCGAAGGUGAGUUACCAGCAGAAUUUACGAAUUUGUUGAUUUGGGAUGACAUAUUAAAAAUAACUGAAGUUUUACUUCUUCAUUAUUCUUUAAAGAUUCGUUCCUUCAAUCUGUCGAUUUUUGUCUCUUUCCUUCAGAACUCUUGUGAUAGGUUUUCACUGUGCCAAAAUAACGCAACUUGUCAGUCUGGUUUCACCAUCAAGGGAUAUCGAUGCUUAUGCCCUCCUGGAUUCGAUGGAGAACAUUGCGAAAAUGGUAAUCUACAUUACGCUUAAAACAGCAUGAAUUUCUCUCUUAAUUCAAUGGUGUCGAUUCCUGUUUUUCUCGUUGGAUUAAGUUCCGUUGAAUUUGUCUUAGUUCACAGUGUACUUUAAUGUAUUAUUUUUGCUUGUUUUUCUGGCAAACGAGGGUCAGUUUGCAGAGUAGACUGCAUCGACCUGAGCAAAACUCAAGAAUAUUUUGAUUCUCUGCUUACAAGUCCGAACUAAGAAUCACAUGAAACCAGAAACGAGCAAAGCAGUAUUUUGUUUCGUUCAGAAAUGAACGGCUCAUGGAGAAGAACUGGAUCCUAGUUUUUAUUCUUUUCCUUUUUUUUCUAAUUUUUGACAGAUGUUGACGAGUGCAAAACAUACCCUGGCUUAUGUCACGUAUACGCCACUUGUAUUAACACACGCGGAUCGUACGUGUGCACUUGCAAACCUAGAUAUGCUGGAGAUGGACGCAAUUGUACAGGUAUUGUCAAUAGUCUCAGAAACGUAAAAAAGAGUAUUUGCCUCAUUCAGACAUGUAUGGCUCUUGGAUAAAGAAACGAAACCCUGGUUCACACGUGUGACGCAAAUGCAAGAGCAGGCGCAAAUACUAAUGCAAUGAUUUAAACGUUUGAACUAUCCUUACGCAAAUGCAGAUGCAAGCGUCAACGCGAGGAAUGAAAAAUUUUUAAUUUUAUUGAGCUUGCAUUUACGUUUGCAUACGCUUCCCAAACGCAUGAAUCGGGGCAACGCAAAUGAAAAUGCGAACAGAGGGCGAAAAACAUAGUUUCCAUCGGUUCCAUUCCACCACGGAACAGUUCAAACCAAGAUCCGCCAUUUAGGUAAUUUCCUGUACUUUUCGACAGAAUUUUUCCUUCUCAUGUACAUCUAAACAUGUUAAAACGACAAAUAUCUUAGCCCUUUACAGAGGAACACUUAAAGAGAGAAAAUUCUGUGCACUUCAACCAAAAUUCAAACCUUUUACCUUUUUGUGAGUAGUACUUCGGAUACUAUGCUAUGUGCUCUAGGUGGCUAAUGGUAGCAAAGUCAUCGAAUAAAAUUUACGUCAAAAAGUCACGCCAACAUAACCGAAUUAUUCCUAGAGCUAUUCAUACGCUAUGUUGGGAUUAAUUCACUUAUUCCAACCCUUACAGCAUGCUCAGCACCCCUGGGUAUGGAUAACCAAUUAAAACUCAUAAAGGACGCUCAGAUCUCAGCCUCUUCAGAGUGGGAUGGAAACCAUGCUGCAAUCCAGGGAAGGUUGAAUUUUUUAGCGCAUCAAAGAAAAAAAGGAGGCUGGUCAGCAAAAAACAAUAAUUUUAAUCAGUGGAUCCAGGUUGAUCUUCUCACUAAAACGACAGUAACACAGAUGGCCACUCAAGGAAGGAAUGCCCACAACCAAUGGGUGAAAAAAUACAGAAUACAGUACAGUGAUGAUGGAGUGAACUUUAGCUUUUAUCAAAUACCAGGUCAAAAAUUUCCAAAGGUACUCUUAAUGAAAUAUGGGAACAUAUUUGUUUUCUUUUACGUCCUGUGCUUUCCCCUUGGGUUAGGUCUGGACUUAUAAAGUUAAAGAGUGGGAAAUGAUACUUGAUAUCUGCCAGAAAUGUCUUGAAAUAUUAAGGCAGUUUUUUCCUGGUUGCGAGAGCUGCUUGGUAUUUCAGCUCCAAGCAACUGCUUAUUUGAGGUUGUACCUUGGCAAAUCUCCAUUAAAUAGAAGUAUCACCUCUGGCUUUUGUGGUAAAAUGAUGGUUUAACAUCAAGUUUACUUUCUGCUUCUGUUUGCAGGAAUUCAUCGCAAACCAAGACAGUGACACUGUUGUAUUCCAGCAGAUUCACCCAUCCAUUAAGGCGCGUUACGUAAGACUUCUACCCACCAUAUGGCAUAAACACAUUUCGAUGAGAAUGGAGCUCUACGGAUGUGAAGGUACUAUAGGGUGUCCUUUGAAGUAAUUUCGCUAUCAUUCAUAUGUUGUACACAGCUAUUUUCAAGUGAUUGUCGUAGAAAAUUCGGGAAUGCACUGGUUUUUCUUGACUUCGCUAUUAGAAUUGUCCAAAAAAAUCGCACGCUUCCUCUAUCAAUCAGAUUCAAGACUAAAACCAAUUUACGGCUUGGUUACUCGCGUUUUCUCUCAUUUCAAGCAGCUUGCCUGUUUUUACUUUGAGUUCUCGAAAGUUAAUGGCUAUGAAAAUCAAAAACUGGGCUUUUAACGCUCAACAUAACUUUUUGAAAACACUUCGCUGAGUUACGUGCCUAUGUAGGACGGAUUCCUCUGCUUUACUUUUUCCUUUUUAAAGGUGAUUUGUUUUUGUUUACGAAUAAGAUUCUUUGUCGACUCGAUUCUGAAUAAAAGCCGGUGGAGAAGAGAUUAGAAUGGGAGAAAGAGUGCUAUGAAUGCCAAAGAUGACAACGGCAAGAAAGAAAAUGAGAUCAUGGAUGAUUUCUUUUAGGAUGCCUUCAAUCACGUUAUGGAUCUCUCAGUCCAUAAUCCUUAGUUGAACGAUUGAUAGACUGGCGAUAACUUAUGAAAAGUUAGGAAUGAUAUCGCAAAUUGUCUCUGAACCUUAGGUUUGACGUUUCAGCGAAAGACAGUAAUUUCAUAAAUUUGUUAUUCAACAACAUCAAAUAUUGACUGAAAAGACUGUACAUUUUAGAGAGGAAAUGUAAAAGCCCGAAGAAACGAUGGCGAAUUCCUUAGAAGAAAAAUGCAAUAUUUACCUUAAAUAUGAUUGUUCACCAUAAAUUAUCUAUUAUCAGGGACGGUUUUCUAUUUAACAAACUUGACUCUUAUGGUUCAACUUGCGACGAUAUGUUGCUGAGUUUUAAUUAUAUGAGACAGAUGUGUAGGCCAUUUCUUCACUCUCAUUUUUCUUUUUUGUUUUCUUUAAAAUCGCACCUCAUUUUUAUCUAUCUAUCAAUGAUGGUGCUCUAAACUGUGUCAACGUCGAUCAUUUCCUCAGAAAUACUUUUGCUAUUUAUCUGGGAUUUUUUCCCCAUCAGCACAUGUCUUUUUUCCUUUGGCUACUUUGAGGCCACAUGCAACGAACAACAACAACAACGAAAGUGUUUGCGGUGAAGUGUCUCUAAGCCAGCAAUGUUGCAAAUCUAUGACGUAAGAGGGCAACAAUGCAAUAUUUCCCGCUUAUGUUUUUCAAAAUCAUUUAAACUCAUUCAUUUUAGAACUAACGAUAGUGACACACUUUGCUGACUUGUCGUUAAAUGUUAACAUAACCACGAUGGUGCGACGCUAUUUCUGCAUGAGGUUUCUAUCAGUCGUUUGAGAGAAGACGACAACCACCCUUAUGAUACAUCAAAUGAUUUAUCUCGGGCGUGAUUGCUCUAAACGCAUCGCGUGACCAAGUACCGAGGAAUAUCCAGUGAUAUACCCUAGGUAACAUUUCCCAAUUUUCACUCAUUAUGUUUAUUAAGAUAGGUCUUUGUUAAAAAUCUAAUUCAAGAUGAAAGUGUUUUGUGAUUGUUACAGAAGACGGGAAGUAUUUUUUUUUUCAGUCAUUUUCCUUAAUUGUAAAUGGAUAAUUUUGAGACUUUUGUUUGUUUCUGCCUUCGCAUGGUCUUCAUGCUUGACAACAGAAUUAAAACAAAGUUUGGCCUUAAAGCUCAGAGCUAUUUCAUAGCUUAAUAACUUCAUUAAUGUAAAAAGAAGAAGAAAAAGAGAAAAAAGCGUAAGAUAUGUAUGUUUUUAAACAAUAUGUGACCGUUCGAUGAAAUAUGAAAUAUGAUGAAAUAUGCUGCUGGGGAAAUAUGACGAGCUCCUCCUAUUAGUACUGAUUGACUUCUUGCUGAAUGUACAGUAAGUAAUGCUCGUUAGACAAAAUCUUUUACCAUUGAUUCUAACGACUUUAAUCCUGUUAUAAUUAUCAUUUCAUUUUGUAGGCAAUCCUUGCAAAAAUUAUAAAAUUCUAAAUGAAAACGACAGGAAGAGCAGUUACUCAACACCAACUAACGGUCCAGAGUCUUGUGACGAUCAACUCCCUACAGAGAGUGACCCUGCGGAAUGGUAUCGUUUAAUGGGAGAUGCUGGAACAAAAAUGCCAACAAAGCGUGUGGAUGCAUACCACUGUGGUACAGUCUGGUCAGGCUGGUUGGAUGGAGCUCAUCCCACACUUGAGGAUGGUGAAGUUCACAGGAAAGUCUGCUUUAGUGAUCAUCCCACUGGUUGCAAACACACAAUAGAGAUUUCUGUCAAAAACUGUGGAGCCUACUUUAUCUACAAACUUUUCAAGCCACCUGGUUGUAACUCGCGUUACUGUGGUACAGACUGA